AUGGCCACAGACUCUGCCCCACAGAUGAGCCGGGUCCUGAUGCCUCCGGACCCCAGCUCCAUCCCUGGCUACACUGAUCACCGUGUACACCGCAGGUUGAGCGGGAGGAAACCGUACGUGGAGCUGAAGUCCUCACUCCUGCACAGCCCCACGGUCCAAAGCUCCCACCGGAUGGUGCUGCAGCCUGCUCACGGGUCCUGCUGGGGUGCUACGCCCCCGGGGCUGGGAGCUUGCAGGGGGGCAGGCGCUCAGCCCCUGAGCUGCACGGCCAUCCCUGGGUAUACAGGGUUCAUCCCCCGAGCCCAGCACUUCUUCGCCAAGACUUACUCCGAGGUCUGCAAGGAGGCCAGGAGCAGCUUCGCCCAGCAGCGGCUGGGGUCUGCCCACGAGGAGCAGGUGCGGAGGACACGGCUGCUGUGCCAGGACCCCAUGCAGGACCGAUCCCCCUACUCCAUGGAGGAUGAUGAUCCCCAAAAAUAUUUCAUCUCAGGCUUCACGGGCUUUGUGCCCCGUGCCCGGUUCCUGAUCGGGACAGGCUACCCGAUCACCACCAACCGGGCCCUGCUCGAGUUCAGCCAAAUGACCCUGAGGAAAGGCGGCAGGAGCAGGACCGAGAAGGGCGGUGUGGUUCUCUCACCCCUGGGAAAGACUUACCCUGCGGACAGGGGUCUGCUGCCUCAUUACGCAGGCUACGUCCCAGGUUACAAGUUCCAGUUUGGCCAUACCUACGGACACCUGACUCACAACGCCCUGGGGCUGAGCGCCCUGGAGAAGAAGAUCCCGGACUGA